UACUGUCUAUGGCAAUAGCGCCCCACCAUUUCCAUGAAGCCGAUUGUGUUUUGACAUCACGAAAUUCAAUAUUUUAUGGUUUUAUUUGUGUUACCAUCACAUUUUUUAUUUACUUUCCAUUUAAAUUUUGUUUAGCAUCAAUAUGACUUGGGGAUUUGUAACUUGUGGACCCAAUGAAGCUCUCGUUGUUUCGGGAUGCUGUUACUCCAAGCCUUUGUUAGUCCCGGGUGGCCGGGCGUUCGUCUGGCCCGCCAUCCAAAACGUGCAGAGGAUCUCACUCAACACCAUGACGUUACAAGUAGAAUCGCCCACCGUCUACACCAGCCAGGGUGUUCCAAUAUCUGUCACUGGCAUUGCGCAGGUUAAGAUACAAGGUCAAAACGCCGAAAUGCUGCUCUCAGCUUGCGAACAGUUUUUGGGCAAAUCGGAGCAUGAGAUUCAACAUAUAGCUCUGGUAACCCUCGAAGGUCAUCAGCGUGCUAUUAUGGGCUCCAUGACAGUCGAAGAAAUAUACAAAGACAGGAAAAUAUUCUCCAAGAAGGUUUUCGAAGUAGCUUCAAGCGACCUUAUCAACAUGGGCAUUACUGUCGUGUCUUACACGCUCAAGGACAUAAGAGAUGAGGAGGGUUACCUGAAAGCUCUUGGAAUGGCUCGCACGGCCGAGGUGAAGAGAGACGCUCGUAUCGGAGAGGCGGAGGCCCAAGCCGAGGCCAAGAUCAAGGAAGCGAUGGCUGAGGAGCAGCGAAUGGCUGCUCGCUUCCUAAACGACACCGAGAUUGCGAAAGCGCAGCGAGACUUCGAACUGAAGAAAGCCGCUUAUGACGUCGAAGUGCAGACGAAGAAGGCCGAAGCGGAGAUGGCUUAUGAACUGCAAGCGGCGAAGACGAAGCAGCGCAUCAAGGAGGAGCAGAUGCAGAUCGCGGUGGUGGAGCGCACGCAGGAGAUCGCCGUGCAGAAGUGGGAGGUGCAGCGCCGCGAGCGCGAGCUGGAGGCCACUGUGCGCAGACCUGCUGAAGCCGAAAAAUUCAAAUUGGAGAAGUUGGCCGAAGCGCAGCGACUCAAGACCGUGCUCGAAGCAGAGGCCGAGGCUGAGGCCGUGAAAGUUCGCGGAGAGGCGGAGGCCUACGCCAUCAAAGCCAAGGCAGUAGCAGACGCCGAGCAGAUGUCCAAGAAGGCCGAGGCGUGGAAGGAGUACGGAUCCGCUGCCAUGGUCGACAUGAUGCUGGAGACUCUACCCAAGGUCUGUACUCUGAUUGUGUUUUCCCAGCCGGUCCAAUAUAUGAACGACACUUUGGUGCAAAUGGGCCACCGACCACAGCCACCGGUGGCCAGUGCCGGCGACUUAACACACUUUUUAAUAUACAGGUGGUGGUGGCAGGCCGUGGCCGAACCGCCGCCGGUGCCCACUCCGACGGCGCGCGGGGACUCCGCCAAGAAGGCACGAUAACUCCCCGACGACACCAAAAAAUGCUCAUUCAGAAUGCUCGCGCACUGUAAGCUGCAAUGAAUUUCUUAGCGUUGCCGCGUUGCUCGUUACCUAAAGAGAAAACUACAUUUGAUGUUAAUUCAGAUUUAUACAUUAUAAUGUAUUAAGGUAAGUAAUAUUUUAUUCGACCUAAGUGCCACUUUUGGAAAACUCAAGGGAAAUACCAAAGCUGAAUUUACUUUGUUUACUGUAACGAUGUUACGAUAAAGUCUACGCCGCUACUAUUAAAAUAUAUUUUCGUACCUAUCUACUAGUGAACAGUAGAAAGCUUACCAGCCAGUCUGUAAUAAUGUAGUGUUUAGUUAUCUUCAAACAAAAUGACACCGAAAUGUGUUAUUUUUAUGUAAAAUGUUUCCUUAUGCUAACCAUCAAUCUUGUUAUUGCAACUGUUUCAAUUUAUGCAAAAAUCUUCCACGAAAUAAAUUCUUCCAUGUAUCUUCCUAAAAUGUACGACGAAACUAUUUUGAUCUUAUAGCUCGUCUUGUAAUGUUACGUUAUUCUAUUACCUCAACAAAUCAGAAAAUUGUAUAUUUUAAAACUAAUCAAAAUAUCGUUAAUUACUUAGUAGCUACUCGAACUUAGGUCCUAAAACUAAUUGGAUACAGUUACAUUUUGAAAUCACCAAAAAAGUAACUUGACUUUGGGAACUACUCGAAGUUAGUUUAAAUUACUUUGGGUGCGUAGAACAUCUAAAAUUGCUAAUUGCUAGUUUUUAUCCAUAGCAGCAUUACACGAUUUACAUGAUAAACAUUAUUGUUGUUUAUCUAAUUCUUGUUUCUACAUAAGUGGCAUUAACUUAUGGACAACAGAACAUGUUAUAAAGUCAUCAAUGCUGCUUACGUCAAGACAACAAUCCACGUCCUUGUCGUAUUGAUUGAUUUCUUUAUCAGCGACGACCUAAUGAGGCCUGAGGCUGUGGGAAUUCUAGUACCUGUAACGUUGGCGCUAAAAAGGUUUGACACAAUGGAAACAUUUUUCUGCUAAAACUAAAGAGCGUCAGGCUGGCUGGUGACCUUAUCUGAAGUUGUGAUUCGGUCACUUUGUGUAUGGAGUAGGUGGACACUGGUGUGCUAAUAUAAUUUAGACUACUGUGUGACCUGAUGUUAAGGUAAACUUAGUUUUGAUCUGUCGCUGUACAAAUGUGAUCCGCAUCCACUCGACGCAACCGUGCGACAUUGGUCAGUGCGAUGAGCGCUGUAUCUCUGUAACAAUACUAACAAUGUACAAGUGUUUGUUCUAGCAUACAUAAAAACAACUUUUGACCAAUCGCCUAAAUUUUUUCCCUAUGUAGAUGAUUACAAAAUGACUGUUAUACAAAAAAUAAUACCUAUAUUUUUUUAUUUAGCUAACUGUCGUUAGGGUAUAAUGUGGUAAAUAUUUGGUGUUCAAAAAGUGCAGUUUAGAAAAUUUAAUAUUGUAACUUAGCGCGUUCAUAUUAGACAUUAUUGAUGUCAUUUUCUAAAGUAAUACGAAUCGAGUAGAUUUUUAAGAAUUUGUGUGUAAACUUGUUUUCUACAGAGCGGUUCGGUUACCGUCUACAUUGGCUUAGUAACGGCUAGUCAAUUUACAAAAUUCUCUUUCUAUAUUUUUACCAUUUGUUUUCUUAGAUAUGUAAAUAAUCAUCAACGUUUCGUUGUAAAAAACUUUUUUAUGCUUUUUUUCCUAUGUUGAAUAUGAAUUUUUAUAAUUUGUAAUAUCUGAUUGCUAUAAUAUGAUUAUAGUACAGAUUUUCAAUUUUAAUUUGUAAAAGUUUACAUUAAUUUUAGUUCAAGUAUUAACGGUAAGGUAAAUUUACCGUUUAUUUAAAUUUUUGGCAGAUCAAUUAUUUAUUAUUCAGUCUUUCCAUUUUAUCUAUACAGGGCUAGUGAACAUUUUUUCAAAGAUUUAUGAAUAAUUGUGGGUUUCUGUUCAUUUCCGAUAUAAUUAAGGUGAUUUAACUACGAAAACUCCAUUUAACUAUAAGAUAGGUAUUUUUCUUCAGGGUGCAUUCAAUAGGCUCUAGCCCUGUACUACUAGAAAGCUAGCUAGGAGUAUCCAUAAUUAUGUCGAUUCGAUCAACUGCUAUACAUUUAAUAAUAUUAAUUUAAUGCCAUCCGGCACGGAACACUAUAGUACCUCUGGUGCCAUAUCAAUACACUAUGAUUUAAGGAUUUUAUAUUGUUUAUUUCUUUAAAUACUUUGUAUGAUUUAAUUAGGUUUUAAGAUAAUGUACAAUCGAGAGAGAUGAAUUAAUAUAAUUUGUUACCAGUUAGUUUUAAUUGCAGUGAAAAGUAUUUGCUUAGUUAAAAUAACCGCACAAUAUUAUUUCAAAGUAACAAUGCAUUUAUUUUAAUUGUUUUAAGUUUUAUUUUACAAGUACCGUAUUUUACCUCUUUUUUUUUUCAUUAUCUAAAUGUGCAAAUUAUAAGCUGACAAAUGUGUAAACUGAAUUGAUAUUUGUCGUUUUGAACUUAGUACAUUUACUUACCAAGUAUGUACCAUAAUAUUAUGAUGUUACAUAACUUAUUUAAAAUAUGUUUUAUCAGAUAUUGUAAAAAAUACAAAUGCCUAACUUAAUACCUGCAUUCAAUUAUAGUAAAUUGUCUAUGUAGUAAUUUUUCAUGUAACGAUAUUUACGAAAAAUCAUGAAUGCACUGAGAGUGGCACAUUGAAUAUACGUUUCGUUGUGUGAAUCACAAAUUUUCAAUAAUUGAUGUGUAUUGACGUGGUUUUUAUUCAUGUAUAAUUCAAUAAACUUGCAGAUUGAA